UGAUGAAUUCGGCGUAAGGUACGAUGUUAUGGGAAGCUGCAGAUGCACAGUAAAGAGAGGGUGAGAAAUGCAAAAGAAGAGGACCCUGGGUGCUAACAGGCAGAGACACCAUUGUAGGAAAAUUUGAGCAGACCUCUGUCCACCAUGUUUCCCUGGAGGACAGUCAUUGUUGGUCUUUUCUACUGCUACAUCAAAGCAGGUGUCACCCACUGUCAGACCAAAGCCCUCUUCCCUGCUGCAAGCAGAAUAAAAAGAGGGGUGGCGACUGUGGCGAACCCAACUUUCCACAACUCCUUUGAUGAUGUUCAUCUGCUAUUUGAGAUCCUACUGACUGGCAUUCACUUUGAGGCCAGUGGAGAGUUUUCAGUCAAUGAUGCUGAGGUGAAUUCCCUUCGCAAGACACGAAACCUGGAGGUCAUCUGUGAAGAGAUCAUUCCCAAGAAGCUAUCAGACAUUUUAAGGCUCAUUUCUGGCCUUUCAAAUCAUACUGGUCACCUGCAUCAGGACGACUUUGAGCGCACUUUGUUGACCUUGGUGUACAUCACCCAGCAGAUGGUCAGUUCAACUACUAAACACCAACAAGAUGUUUGGGCAGAAGCUUUUGUUAGCUUGUACAAAGCCAUCAAGCAGGAUCUGACAGAGACAAACUGAACCUACACAGGUACUGCUACACAAUGGCUCCAUGUUGGUGUUCAAUAGUUUAAUAUGCAUAUAGGGGAAAAACUCUUUUUUUGAAAAAAAUAUCCAUUGAAAUGAGUGGGUGGUCCUGGUUUGUGCACUGAAGAAACAUCAUCUCUUGACUGCUGACGGUUAUAAGGAGCCUGAGAGAAAAGUCUUGUCAGAAAUAUGUAAAGUGCAUGGACUGAUAAUGAAACGAUGAUUAAAAUACUGACUGUCACAGCAAAAGUUGAUACAAACAUGAGGUACUGUAUAUACAUGGAACUAUACAUCGGAUCUGUAUGUUGAAUGCGGCAUUGGACAUCAUGGAUUCAUUUACAUUCACAUGUCUUUUCAGUGUUUGUUCAAAAGCACCUGGGUGUGAUCACACUCUAAGACUGCUACAAGAAUACAAUAACAGAGAAAACAAAUAAAACAUCAAGAUUUAAACCAGAGAAAUGACUGUUGAAAAUCACUGUUCAUACUCAACAGUGUUGUGCCUUGUAUGCUAAUUCCUGUGCAGAAAAAUGUCUCCAAGAUUACAUGUAUUUCUAUGAUCAACAAUUUACGAAAGGUCUACUAAA